AUUUAUCAAUCAGAAAAUAGCUGGGAAACACCGUGUUAGUCAACGCUAAAAACACAAACGUGACGACAGAUUUUUAUAAAACUGCUAAUUUUCGAGAAAGUUCGUUCGAUCUUAUUUAACUGCUGUUAGUAAAACAUUGGACUUCAAGUGACUGUUUUAUUUUGGAUACAAAUUAUAUAGAUCUAUGUGUAUUGGAUUUAUCUUUGAUGUCCAAUUGCACUGAUUCUGAAAGUCCCCCAGCCAAGAAAGCUAGAACAGAAGCAAACGGUACUUCUAAUUCCAGAGAGACAGACAGUUUGACUGCUAUGGCUCAAAAUGGGACAGUUGACGGGAAAGGUGAAAUUGAUGAAAGUCUGUACUCCAGACAAUUAUAUGUGCUUGGCCACGAGGCCAUGCGACGGAUGGCCAACUCCAACGUCCUGAUAGCAGGAAUGAAGGGUCUAGGAGUGGAGAUAGCUAAGAACGUGGUACUGGGAGGGGUUAAAUCUGUCACCAUACAGGACACAGAGAAGGCGGACUGGAACGACCUCAGCUCACAGUUUUUUCUGGGUGAAAAAGAUAUUGGAAAGAACCGAGCUGAGGUGACCUGCCCUGAACUGGCAGAGUUAAACACCUAUGUUCCUGUUAAUCUGAGCACAGACCCGCUCACUGAGACAUUUGUUAAACAGUUUCAGGUUGUUGUCCUGACCAACUCAAAUCUGGAAGAACAAAUCAAAAUAGGAGAGAUCUGCCAUAAUAACAACAUUAAAUUCAUAAGUGUCGACACUAAGGGACUGUUUGCAGAGCUGUUUUGUGACUUUGGGGAGAAUUUUUCUGUUAUUGAUGUGGAUGGGGAGGAACCCAUAACAAACAUGGUGGCUGCCAUUACAAAGGAUAAGGAGGGUGUGGUAACAUGCCUGGAUGAAGCUCGUCACGGUUAUGAAGAUGGAGAUUAUGUCACAUUCUCUGAGGUUCAGGGAAUGACGGAGUUAAAUGGGUGUAAACCAAUUAAAAUUAAAGUGCUGGGACCUUACACAUUCAGUAUUGGAGACACUACAAAGUAUUCAAACUAUCUAAGAGGGGGAGUAGUAACUCAAGUCAAGAUGCACAAAAAUAUUCAGUUUAAAUCAAUCAAGGCUGCUUUAGAUGAUCCAGAAUUCCUCAUGACAGACUUUGCUAAGUUUGAUCGCCCAGGUCAAUUACAUAUUGGAUUCCAGGCACUGUAUGAAUUCCAAAAACAAAAAGGACAGUUGCCUCGGAGUCGAUGCAAAGCUGAUGCUGAUGAAUUCCUGGUCAUAGCUAAAGCAUUGAAUGAAAAGUCCAAGGCCAAAGUGGAGGAACUGGAUGAGGAUGUGAUGAGGGAGAUGGCCUACACUUGUCGGGGUGACCUCUGUCCACUAGCUGCCAUCAUGGGGGGAGUGGCAGCCCAGGAGGUCAUGAAGGCUUGUUCAGGAAAGUUUAACCCUGUGUACCAGUUUAUGUAUUUUGAUGCCUUGGAAUGCUUACCAGCAGACAAAGACAAAGUGCUUACAGAGGCAAACUGUAAACCAACAAACAGUAGAACAGAUGGACAGGUAGCUGUGUUUGGCUCAGAAUUCCAGGAAAAGAUCGGAAACUUGAGAUACUUCUUGGUAGGAGCUGGGGCCAUUGGCUGUGAGAUGUUGAAGAACUGGGCCAUGAUGGGGUUGGCUUGUGGAGAGAAUGGACUUGUGUAUGUGACAGACAUGGACACUAUAGAGAAAUCUAACCUUAACAGACAGUUCCUCUUCAGACCUUGGGAUGUACAGAAACCCAAAUCUUCAACGGCAGCUAAAGCCGCCAAAGCCAUGAACCCCUAUCUGAACAUCACCCCCCAGGAAAACAGAGUUGGUCCUGACACAGAGAACAUCUACACAGAUGAUUUCUUUGAGAAGUUGGAUGGUGUUGCCAAUGCCCUGGAUAAUAUUGAUGCCAGGAUGUACAUGGACAGGAGGUGUGUGUACUACAAUAAACCCCUGUUGGAGUCAGGAACUCUGGGGACCAAGGGAAACGUUCAGGUCGUCAUUCCAAAGCUGACUGAAUCCUACUCAUCCUCGCAAGAUCCGCCUGAGAAAUCCAUCCCUAUCUGUACUCUUAAGAACUUUCCUAAUGCCAUAGAGCAUACACUUCAGUGGGCCAGAGAUCAGUUUGAAGGAUUGUUUGUACAGCCUAUUGAAGGUGCACUUCAGUACGCCACAGACCCUAAGUUCAUGGAACGGACUGCCAAACUUCCAGGAACACAACCUUUGGAGACUUUGGACAGUAUAAAGAAGGCCUUAGUAACAGAACGUCCCUCCAAUUUCCAGGACUGUGUGGCAUUCGCCAGGAAUUUGUUUCAGGAGAACUACAAUAACAACAUUCGUCAGCUUCUGUUUAAUUUCCCACCAGACCAGGUGACUAGCUCUGGAGCCCCAUUUUGGUCUGGUCCAAAACGAUGUCCUCAUCCCCUAGAAUUUGAUGUAAAAAAUGAAACCCAUGUGGAAUUUAUAACCUCUGUUGCUAAUCUUCGGGCAGAGAUGUAUGGUAUUAAACAGAAUAAAGAUCGGAAGGCUAUCUGUGAUAUGGUAUCUAAGGUCAAAGUUCCUGAGUUUAAGCCCAGGUCUGGAAUUAAGAUCGAGGUGACAGAUGCUGAACUAGAGGGCAGACAUUCAGGAAGUGUAGAUGCUGAUGCCUUUGAAAAACUCCAGAAGGAACUGCCCCCUGUGGAAGAAGUAAAAUCUAUGAAGUUAGUUCCCAUUGAGUUUGAGAAAGAUGACGAUACUAAUUUCCAUAUGGAUUUUAUCGUAGCUACAUCAAACCUACGAGCUGAGAACUAUGACAUUCCACCAGCUGAUAGACAUAAGAGCAAGUUGAUUGCUGGAAAAAUUAUUCCUGCCAUUGCAACAACUACAGCUCUUAUAACAGGCCUAGUAGCUAUUGAACUGAUCAAGCUCAUCCAAGGUCAUAAUAAACUUGAGUAUUACAAGAACGGAUUUGUUAACCUGGCCCUUCCAUUCUUUGCAUUCUCAGAGCCUAUUGCUGCACCAAAAAGCAAGUACUAUGACACAGAGUUUACCUUGUGGGACAGGUUUGAAGUUCAAGGAGACAUGACUCUACAAGAAUUCCUAGAUUAUUUCCAGAAAGAAUACAAUCUGGAGAUCACAAUGUUGUCUCAGGGUGUGUCCAUGUUAUAUUCAUUCUUCAUGCCCCCAGCCAAAAGACAGGAGCGCCUUGGACUACCGUUAUCAGAGGUGGUGAAAAGAGUCUCGAAGAAAAAGAUUCCUAGUCAUGUGAAGGCUUUAGUGUUAGAGCUGUGUUGUAAUGACAAAGAUGGAGAGGAUGUGGAGGUCCCUUAUGUCAAAUACAACCUACCACAAUCUUAACAUAGACACCCCAAUAGUGACUCCACUGUGGUGGCAGAAGGUGGCUUCUUCUCAUAUUGAGAGAAAACAGACAGGAAGUGGUGCACAGCCAUUGAAGUGCAAUGAUUAUUUGAAUACUAUAGAAUUGUUGUACAUGUAUUUCUUUAUGCUUUAUGAUUCUGUUUUAAAACAACUAGAAAAUUUGAAAGGGAAAUUAAAAUCUGACUUUUAUAUACAAUGUACAUGUAUUCAUAGCACAAAAACAUUUAAGUAAUGUGCAUAAUAAUUUAUUGUGAAUAAGUGAAUAGAAACUUUGUACAUGGAGUAUUAAAGUCAUUUUGUCUGA